AGCAUUCCGGUCACUGCGGAAGUGAGGUCACAGACUUGCCCACGCGCACUUUGAUGUUCCUCUAGGUUCGCCGGAAGACUAAUGGAAAGGGGCAGCGGUUUUUGGUAGAAAUGACCGGAAGCGGUAGAGGUGGAAAUUCUGAGUGAAGUGGCGAACUACUGGGAACAGGUGUAGGGAUGGCAGUGAGAGCCGAAGAGUUUGGAUGUGCUGUGGAGAUGCCUUCCGAGCCGCCUGAGGAAAGCGUGGGACCUAGUGUUGAGGAGGUAAAUGAACACAAUCUGCCUGUGGUGAUACUGCUUGGAUGGGCUGGCUGCAGAGAUCAGUAUCUAAUGAAGUAUAGCACCAUCUACCUUAAGAAGGGGUGCAUAGUGAUCCGCUACACAGCUCCCUGGAGGUUGGUGUUCUUCUCAGAAUCCAUGGGUAUAAGGUCUCUGCAGAACUUGGCUAAGAAGUUGUUGGAGCUCAUCUUUGCCUACGAAAUGGAGAUGAAGCCCUUGCUCUUUCAUGUCUUCAGCAAUGGUGGUGUCAUGCUGUAUCGUUACAUUGUGGAGCUCCUCCACACUCAACAGCAAUUCCAGCACUUGAGAGUGGUGGGCACUGUGUUUGACAGUGCUCCUGGCAGGAAGAACCUGAGGGGUGGUCUCCAUGCCCUGUCAGUUGUCUUGGGAUCAACCAACGUGUAUGUUAAGUACUUCCUCCUCCUGACAUUUGCUAUCCUGGUGGUGACAUUGCGGAUCUUGUUAUAUCCUUUGACCCGCUUUGUACAUGAGAGCCACUAUGAUGCCAUGCUGAAGCAGCCCUCUUCCUGGCCUGAGCUGUACUUGUACUCCAGAGCGGAUGGUGUUAUCCUUGCCAGUGAUGUGGAGACCAUGAUAGAGGCCCGGCAGCAACGUCGGAUCCCUGUAAAGGCUGUGGAUUUUGUGAACUCUGCUCACGUCAGCCACUUUCGGGCAUACCCCACCUUGUAUGUAACUCAUUGCAUCUCCUUUAUGUACAGUUGCCUAGGUUUAGUAAAGUAACAGAGGUGAAGAGAUACUAAGCAUGUGCUGCCUCUUGAUGGAAGUCAGUGCUGCUCUGAAUAAAAUCUACUUCUGCUUUCA